UUUAAGAUUACGCUGCGUAAUGCGCAUGCGUAGUCGGUCCUCCAACGUUAAACGUUAGAUUCUCAUGUUUUCCCAGUUUUUUUUUGAUUGCUUGGAUUUAAAAAAAAAAAAGCUGCAUUUCUUUAUUACCAAUCGGUAAUUCUACAAAAGGUAACCUAAAGAAGAAAAUGUCAGUUUUCUCCGAAUCGGCUUUGGAGAAAAAAUUGGCAGAACUUAGCAACUCGCAGCAGAGUGUACAGACUCUGUCUCUAUGGUUAAUCCAUCACAGAAAACACUCGAAAACCAUCGUCAAAGUGUGGUAUAGUGAGCUGAAAAAAGCCCAAGUAUCCCGAAAACUGACCUUCCUUUAUCUUGCAAACGAUGUCAUCCAGAAUAGCAAAAGAAAAGGACCAGAGUUCACACAGGACUUUGCCCCAGUUAUUGUCGACGCCUUUAAACAUGUUUCCAGUGAAGGAGAGGAGGGCUGUAAGAAGCACCUGGAGCGGGUUUUGUCUAUCUGGCAGGAGAGAGCCGUGUAUGAGAACGACCUCCUGGACAAACUCACUGUAGUGCUACAUGGAGAGAAGAAGGCCAAGAAGCGACCUUAUGAGGAGAUUAAAGUGACAGGUGAUGACUUUGCCUCCCAGAGCUCUCCAGCAAACCCACCACAGACAGCGGAUUUGAUCCGGGCGCUGCAGGAACUGGAGAACGCAGCCUCGAGUGACUCCGCCCUACGACAGAGGAUCACCGCUUUACCCUCAGAGGUGCAGGACUCGUCUCUGCUGCACAGAAUCACAGAUAAGGAGUCAGGAGAACGUUUAUCCAGACUGGUAGAGGAGGCCUGCAUGCUUCUAGCAGAUUACAGUGGACGCCUGGCAGCCGAGAUCGAUGACCGACGCCAGCUCACGCGGCUGCUUGCACUUUUUCUGCAGAGCCAGCGAGAUGGCCUGGCCAAGAAUGAGCAGAAACUAGAAGAAUACAAGCGUAAGCUGGCACAAGUUACCCAGGUACGAAAGGAACUGCGUUCUCGCCUCAACAGCCUCCCAGAUCUUUCUCGGCUUCCUAACGUAACGGGUGGCCACGUACGCCUUCCCUCGUCUGGUGAUCUCUACAGCCCUUCUGACUGUAUGUCCAGUGGGGAAAAGGAUAGUAAGCACUGUCAUGACAGCAGCCGUGCGAUUGAGGAACGGGAACAGGAGAAAAAACUGGCCAGGAAACGUCUCUACAUUGUCUCAGCUGUUUGUCUGGUCUUCAUGGUGGGAGAAAUCUUAGGUGGAUAUUUCGCUGGCAGUCUGGCAGUGAUGACGGAUGCUGCCCACCUACUGGUGGAUUUUACUAGUUUUAUUAUUAGCCUGUGCUCUCUGUGGUUGUCAUCCAGGCCUGCUACACAAACACUCAACUACGGCUGGCAUCGUGCAGAGAUCCUUGGUGCUCUUGUGUCUGUCUUCACAAUCUGGUUGGUGACUGGUGUGUUGGUGUACCUGGCAGUGGAACGUCUCAUCAGUAAUGACUAUGAGAUUGAGGGUACUGUAAUGCUCAUUACCUCUGGCUGUGCGGUGGCAGCCAACAUCAUAAUGGCACUCACCUUGUACCAGUCUGGGCAUGGUCACAGUCAUGGUGGACUUAGCUCUCAUGGUCAUGGCCACAGCCAUGGAAAAAAGAAAAAUCACAGCAAUACUAGUGCUAACUACCACAAUCUAGAAGAUCAAGGGAACAGCAAGAAGAUGCAGGGAAAUGCCAGUGUGAGAGCUGCCUUUGUGCAUGUGAUCGGAGACCUUCUGCAGAGUGUCAGUGUCCUUGUUAGUGCUCUCAUCAUCUUCUUCAGGCCAGAGUACAAGAUUGCAGAUCCCAUCUGCACCUUCCUGUUCUCUCUGUUUGUCCUGGGCACCACUAUCACCAUCAUGAAGGACAUUCUGGUGGUCUUAAUGGAAGGCACACCAUCAGGUGUGGACUACAGGGAGGUGAAAGAGAAGCUGCUCUCCAUUAAGGGUGUAAAAGCUGUGCACAACCUCCACAUCUGGGCUCUGACCAUGAACCAGGCUGUGCUCUCUGCCCAUGUGGCAAUAGAUGAUGCUGCAGAGCCACAGCUGGUGCUCAGAGAGAUGACCCAGUCCUGCUUCACCACAUACAGCUUCCACUCUGUCACCAUCCAGCUGGAGCAACAAUCAGACCAGAGACCAGACUGCAACCUCUGUCAGGACCCCAAACACUGACUUGGUAUCUUGUUAUGUUGGUGUCCUGCUGCUUUGAUGUGCUACCACUCCACAUCCACACAACAUCCCCAUUACCCUAACAAGCAGAACAAGACAACAGUGUGAUUUUCAAGGACCUAAGUUUAAAGUCUUAUUGUAAUACUGUAAUGAACUACAAUCUUGGACUUAUCUGUUGUUUGGUUGUUUUAGUUCUGGGAAGAUGUGGCUCUGAAUCUUUCUAAAUGUGUACUUAUACUCAAUGAGAUAAUUCAACUGACAAUGGUGUUAUAAUGAGUUUUCAUUUGUUUAUGAGUAUAUUGGGAUAUCACUAUAAAAUCAAUAUAAGACUUAAAAAUCUCUU